GACAGAAAAUCUGUUGUAGCGGUUCCACCAGUCCAGGCCCACGGUUGUUUUCCCUCAGUACGACAGACAGCCUGUCCCUGGCUUCCCCCAGAAGAAUAAUAAAAAAAAGAAAGAAGGGUUUAGUCGUUGUGUCGCUUGCAUCGUGGAGGCAUGGCAGAAGCGGAGUUACAAACCUUUACCUCUAUCAUGGACGCGUUGGUUCGCAUUAGUUCCAACAUGAAGAGCAUGGAACAGGAGCUGCAUUGCCCGGUUUGUGAUGAGAUGGUGAAGCAGCCCAUCCUUCUGCCGUGCCAGCACAGUGUCUGUCUGCUGUGUGCGGCUGAGGUGUUGGUACAAAGGGGUUAUCCUCCUCCAGACCUCCCUCCAGAGCCCAACUCGCCGGCCUCCACACCCAGUACCCGCUCCCCUCGACAGGCACGAAGACCCACACCGAGGACCCCUGACCGCCUGGAACGAGUCCUCAGAACAGUGUGCGGGACAUACCCUGGGCGGAGGCGGAAGGAUGCGGCCCACCCCCCCAUGCUGUUCCCAUGUCCUUCCUGUCAGCAGGACGUGGAGCUCGGAGAGAAAGGCCUGACAGACUGCCUCCGCAACCUCACACUGGAGCGCAUUGUGGAGAGGUAUAGGCACACAGUAAGUCUGGGCAACGUCGCCAUCAUGUGUGGCUUCUGUAAGCCUCCUCAGUCUCUGGAGGCCACAAAAGGCUGCGCUGACUGCAAGUCCAACUUCUGCAACGAGUGUUUCAAACUCUACCACCCCUGGGGAACCCCUCGAGCUCAGCACGAACACAUUCUACCCACAAACAACUUUCGGCCAAAAGUCCUAACGUGCACAGAGCAUGAGCAGGAGAGGCUGCAGUGGUACUGCCGUAACUGCCAGAGGUUACUGUGCCCACUUUGUAAGCUCCGUCGUGUCCACCAUGGACACAAAGUGUUGCCUAUUGCACAGGCCUACCAGGCCCUCAAGGACAAGGUCACCAAGGAAAUCAACUUCAUCCUGGCCAACCAGGAGACAAUACAGAGUCAGAUCACACAACUGGAAGCUGCCAUCAAACAGAUGGAGGCAAACAGCACAGUGGCUCUGCAUCAGCUGACCCACUGUAUCCGAGAGCUGGAAGCGGCUGUUGCUGAGCGCCAGGGGGCUCUGGCUCUGGCCCUGGAGGGAUCCCGCAGCAGGAGGGAGGAGGCCCUGUCUGCCCAGGUCUCAGAGAGGCGAGGCCUACUGGAGCACGCAGGCCUGAUGGCCUACACACAGGAGCUGCUCAAGGAGACCGAUGCACCCUGCUUUGUACAGGCUGCCAGAGUCACUCAUAACAGGCUGGUGAAGGCCAUAGAAAACCUCCAGUGUUUCUCCCUCUCUGCUGAUCCCUCCUUCAGACACUUUCACCUAGAUGCAUCCAAAGAGGUCAAGCUCAUCCACAGCUUGGAGUUCAUACGUGCCCCACUGGCUCCAGUCAUUGACACUCAGAAGACACUUGCUUAUGACGAGCUGUUUUUAUGCUGGCGCCUCCCUCAGGACUCGGCUCCAGCUUGGCAUUUCUCUGUUGAAUUCCAGCGACGAGCAGGAGGAGCUGCAGCCACAUGGGGCGGCAUCAGGUCCCCUAAUGCUGCAACGGCAUGGCAGCGUCUGGAUGAAGUGAGAGGGACCAGUGCUGUGGUUGAUCGACUGCAGAUGGACAGUGUGUAUGUGCUCAGGGUGAGGGGCUGCAACAAGGCCGGGUUUGGAGAGUACAGUGAAGAGGUUUAUCUCCACACUCCACCAGCACCUGUUUUGAGUUUCUCCUUGGACUCACGCUGGGGGCUGCAUGCUGACAGGCUGGCAUUGGGUAAAGGCCAGACUUAUGCCCGCAGUGUGCCAGGCCUCUCCCUCCUGCAGGCUGCUGACCGCACACUUACUUCUUGCCACUUGACUUCUGACCUGCUGGUGGCCGACUUGGCUGUAACUCAGGGCAGACACUAUUGGGCCUGCUCUGUGGAACCUGGUUCCUACCUGGUAAAGGUGGGAGUAGGCCAGGAGACUAAGCUACAAGAGUGGUUUCAUCUCCCUCAGGACAUGGCCAGCCCUCGCUGCGACCCAGACAGUGGCCAUGACAGCGGGGCGGAAGACGGCCAGGACUCUCCUCCUUUCUGCUUCCUCACAAUGGGCAUGGGCAAGAUCCUGCUUCCUCAAGGACAUGGUCACAGUCAGAGCCAGGGGGACAGCCACAGCCAGGGAGGAGUGCACUCCCACAAUAGCAGCCAUAGCAACCUGCCUCAUCCUCAUACUGCUCCUCUGCCACCCCGACUAGGAGUGUGUCUGGACUGUGACAAAGGACGUGUCACCUUCUAUGAUGCCCACUCAUUGCGCAUCCUGUGUGAGGGACACGUGGAUUGUUCAGCUCCAGUGUGUCCGGCCUUCUGCUUUAUUGGCGGGGGGGCCCUGCAGCUGCAGGACCUUGUGGCCAAUCGGAGCAUUGAGGAACCGCCGCCACGGAGGGUAACUAUCCAAACGCGUGCAACAAAUCUCAGCAAAUAAGUUGUGGUGAGAGGUCAGUUAAUGGGCACAGUUCACUCAGUUUUUCUAAUGUAUGUAGAGUUAAUGGUGGUUUACAUUCACCACUUAAUGUGAGGGUUGAUAAUUAAUUGCCUUGAUCUUCGAUACUUGAUUGAACUGUAACUGCUAAAUAUGGUUACAUUUUUCCUUUCAGUGUGGUUUUUGAGAUCUGACUAUAAAUAUCGGACGUUCAUUUGCAUUUGCACUUGGCCUGGAAAUAUUAACUCUGCCUUUUGGCUUUAAUUAUUUUAUAUUCUUUCCUGCUUUCUUUCUCCUCAGUUUUGCAAUGCUCCUAUGGACAUUGUGGCUGAAGUGAUUUUAGACUAUGCAGAAUUCUGUUGACAGGGUGAGUUAAACACCUUUAUAACAGGUUAAAAAAAAAAUCUGUUUGCAAUGUAAGAAAAAUCUGCUCUCCUUCUACACUUGUCUUAAUUUGUCCCAGAAUGAUCGGACAACAAACGUUGCAUGCAAGUGUAACUAGGACUCAUAACUUACAUAUAUGCAGAUAACUGUCACCUUGUAAAGCACCUCAGAUGUACUGUAUGUCUAAUUUUAUAUCUUAAUUUUUUUAUGUAGCCUCAAGAAGUGUUAACGAUGUGUAUAUAAUUCAGAAUUAGAGAAUGUGAAUAUUUCUCGGUUGUUGAAUAGUGAGGAGGUGGCAUAGCUGGCUCAUGUCAGGAUCACGUGUCUCUGUGUCUAAACAGUCCCAGUUGGUAUUUUAUAUAGUCGCUGUUUUGCAUUUCAAAAAGGACUUUCGGCUGGGUAAAUAUGCUCACAGUUGCCUCAGUGUUUUCAGAUUAAAAAAAGGUUCUGAGGAAUAUUGUUCUCAUUAUACUGUUUUACAUUUCAGUGUUUUACAUUUUGACGAAAGUUAAAAAUGACGAUGGCCUACUUGUCCGGUAUUAAACUGUGGUGUUUGAGUCAUUUGCACAUAAAUAUUAAUGAUGAGAUGUGACGUCAAUGGAAGUGGAUGGAUGACAAGAUAACCAGCUGAAGUAGGCUAGUGAGAAAAGGUCUAUUUUAUGAGAUCUGGGUGACUUUCAUUUUUUUUCCCUACUGCAAGUGGCAGUAGCUCAUUUACUUAUUGACUAAGCGGAUUCGCAGUUAUGUUUGGGGAAUGUAUAAGCCCAGUUAUACAUCAUUUCAAUGCAAGAGAUUGUCUAUAUUGUAAUAUUUUCAUAUAGACUGGCUCCGACUGUAUUUUGAUAUAUAAUAUGAUUUUUCUGGUGUGUAUGUGAGCUCUGGCUGUGACUUUCAUGCUUUCUGUUGUAUGUAUGUGUGUGUCUCUACUUGCGUUACAGCAUAGCACUUGAAUGACUUUAGACUGUAGCAUCAGAGAAAUCAGAAUCUCUUAAUUUAGAUUUAUCUUUGCUGGCAGAAUGUUUCUAUCAUGUCAUGAGAAAACAACAAUAAAUGACUGAUAACUGUAA